AUGCUCAUGGUCGCCGUGGCCGAGUUCGACAAGGACCCCAUGGUGACGGCGGACAUGGUCAAGAUCGGGACACAAGUGGAGGGCAAGAAGGGCAGGUCGGCGGGGAAGAAGACGACGGUGGUGACGGACGCGGAGGCCUUGUGGGCCAUGCUCUACGCUGACGACGCGGCCAUCGUCUCGCGCUCGCCGGAGAGCCUCGAGAAGAUGAUGUCGAUCAUCGUGCGCGUGGCCGGCCUGUUCGGACUGAUGGUGUCGGAGCCAAAGACGNUGGGUGUCUCGUCUAGGACAGGACCUCGUGGCCUUCAACACGGGAGACGGAAAGCAAGGGGGACCGAAGAGAAGAGAGUCGGGGAAGCGGCGGUGGGGGGGAAGAAACGGCGACUGGGCACUGCUGAAGAAGCGAGUAGGGCGGCCGAGGCAGCACUUGUGGCGAACGAUGUACCCGGCUGA